GCGCCGCCGUGCGCGCCGGGAGGCCGGAAGCGCCGCGCCGGGCGGCGGGGGGGGGCGCGGCGGCGGGGCCGCGGCGCGGGGGGGGCGGCAUGGCCCGGGCCGGGUGGGCGCCGCCGCGCCUGGACGAGUUCAUCCUCACCGAGCGGCUGGGCACCGGCACCUACGCCACCGUCUACAAGGCCUACAGGAAGAAGGACGCCCGCGAGGUGGUGGCCGUCAAGUGCGUCAGCAAGAGGAGCCUCAACCGGGCGUCCGUGGAGAACCUGCUGACCGAGAUCGAGAUCCUGAAGACCAUCCGCCACCCGCACAUCGUGGAGCUGAAGGACUUCCAGUGGGACAGCGACCACAUCUACCUGAUCAUGGAGUUCUGCGCGGGGGGCGACCUCUCCCACUUCAUCCGCACGCGCAGGAUCCUCCCCGAGAAGGUGGCGCGCAUCUUCCUGCAGCAGCUCGCCUGUGCCCUCAAGUUUCUCCACGACCACAACAUCUCCCACCUGGACCUCAAGCCGCAGAACAUCCUCCUCAGCGCCCCAGAGAACCCCCAGCUCAAGCUGGCAGAUUUUGGCUUUGCUCAGUACAUGUCCCCGUGGGACGAGAAGCACGUCCUGAGGGGCUCCCCGCUCUACAUGGCGCCGGAGAUGGUGUGUUGCCAGCAGUACGACGCGCGGGUGGACCUGUGGUCGGUGGGCGUUAUCCUUUACGAGGCACUUUUUGGGAGGCCGCCCUUCGCCUCCAGGUCGUUUGCCGAGCUGGAGGAGAAGAUCCGCAGUGACCGGGUCAUCGAGCUGCCCAGCCGGCCCCGGCUCUCCCCGGAGUGUCGGGAUCUCUUGCAACGCCUCCUGGAGAGGGACCCCUUGAAACGCAUCUCCUUCGAGCAGUUCUUCGCCCACCCCUUCGUGGACAUGGAGCACAUGCCCAGCCCCGAGAGCCUCGGCAAAGCGACCAGCUUGGUGGUGGAGGCGGUGAAGAAGGACCAGGAGGGGGAUGUAUCAGCCGCGCUCUCGCUCUACUGCAAAGCCCUGGAGUACUUUGUGCCUGCUCUGCACUAUGAAAGCGAUGCUCGCCGGAAGGAAGCCAUCCGGGCAAAGGUGGGGCAGUACAUCUCCCGAGCGGAGGAGCUGAAAGCGCUGGUCCUGUGCGACAGCAAGUGUCUUCUGCAGCAAGGCAACCCUGCCCGGGAGAUCCUCAAAGAGAUGGCCAAGGACAAGCCUCGUCUCUGUGCUGCGCUGGAAAUGGCUUCUGCGGCCAUUGCUAAGGAGGAGGAGGGCAAGGACGACGGUGACACCCUGGAGCUCUACCAGCAGAGCCUGGGCGAGCUGCUGCUCAUUCUGGCUGCAGAGCCUGCGGGGAGGAGACGGGAGCUGCUCCACGCGGAGGUCCAGACGCUGAUGGCCCGAGCUGAGUACCUGAAAGAUCAGAUUAAGAUGCGGGAGGCGCAGUCCAUGGGCAAGGAAGCGCUGGCAGAGUCCGUCCGGAGCUCCUGCACGUUGCAGUGACGCCCAGGGGAGCCGGCCCGCGGCGACCACGGCUGCGGCACGGGACGCGUGCGCUCUCCCGCCAGGUUGGUGCGGCUCGGCCUGGCUUCGCGUAGCCCUCGCUGUCCCCGGCUGGCUCCCGCGGGAGCCCCGCGACAGCGCCAGCAGCAUCGGACGCUGCCGUCGGAGCGGAAGAAAGAGGCUUUUGUGCCGGAUGCAUCGGAGCAACCCUCUCUCCUCCUCGCGCUGCCCGGGGCGCACGCAUUAGCGCGGGCCCCGGACGGGCUGAGCGGGCACGCGGGCACGGAGGGGCCUCGGGGCUCGGCGGCUGCGAAAGCCGGGGCGAGCGAGCGGGCGGCGCGAAGGCUGCCUCUCCCUGCCGUUCCCAGCUCGCGCCGGCUGAUGCUUUCGCCCUUGCUCUGCCUUCCCCGGAGCGCCUCACGGACGGCUCUGCAGGGCCAUCUGCCCCUGCCCCCGUGGGACGUGUGAACUCGUUUUCCCGUCAUGAGGAGUUCCCUCCGAGCCCUGCCUCGAGCGGCUGCGGAAGCAGCCUCCCGUGACCGCAGCAGGCAGGUUAUUCCACUCUAAUUCCCUCUGCUGGCUGAAAUGGGAUGAGUAUUUUUAUCUUGGCAUCGGGCUCCUGCAGAAUUCCCCCCGCUGCGUGCAGGCUCCCGCCGGCCCCGUACGUCUCUUGCCUUUUCGGCUGGAUGUUUCUUAACGCCACUCAAAUCCUUUUGGGAGAGACCUUCCCCCCGAUCCUCUCCCUGCCUCGGCCCCUGCGCAGCUCCCUCCUGGCCCGAGCAGGGAUGGGAGCAGCGUGUGCCUGGUGCAGAGCAGUGCGCGGGAGCCAGCUCGCGCCCACGGGGAAAAAGGCUUCGUGGCACCUCGUCAAAAACCCACCGCUAUUUACGGACCUCUGACUGCAGCAGGGAUCAGAGCCGGCGGCUGCAUCUGCUUCCGGAGCUGGCUGCGGAGCAGGGAUCCGCCGCUGCUUCUCCCCAUGGCCCAUCGGCAGCUGAGAGGGUGGGAAGCGGGAGCGGGAUGUGCCGGUGCCCGGGGAGCCGGGCGCGGGCCCGCGGCGGCAUCCCGCAGCCGUGCCUUCGUCGCCGCACCGACUACCUCUGCGCCCGCCGCGGCUCCGCCACCGGCACGGGCGGGCGCUGCCGCGGAGGCAAUUCAGGCUCGCAGUGUUUAAUCUACUUGCACUGACAAAGGUGCUAAGCCAGUUUGCACCAGACUCAGGAGAGGCUUUAGCACAGACAGAUCCUUACUGUUUGUCAUUGGUGUCAUAAGGUGUUACCAGUUCUCAGCCGAGGCAGUGAUUUAUUGUGCAUGCUCCUAGUGAUCGGGUACCGCAGAGGGGCAGAAGUCGCCUUCAGGGACAGGCUGUAUGAGCCCAGGUUAGUCUGCGUUUCGCAGGGGCCCAGCAGCACGUCGAGGGCAGUCGCCGCGUCCCAGCUGAGCCCGGGGCAGAGCCUCGACAGCGCGCGCUCCUCUGCUCGGGGCUGGCAGGGCCCGGCCCUCGCUCUGACGAUCGUACCGAAUAGCGCUCCGCCGGGUCCUGCGGUCGGACCCCUCCUCCUCCCCGGUGGUUUUUCCUUUCCCCUCUCCUGUAUCGCGAUGGGGCUGGAGGGGGCCCGGCCGGGGCAGCUCCCAGCCCUGCACGGCCGCCCCGUGCCAGCGCCCAAGGUGGGAGUCGCUUCAGGGGGGUUCGCAUGUCCUGUGAAACGAGGGACUUUUCUCAAAAUCUGCUGUAUUUCAAAGGAAUGUAAUUUAUUGUCUUUAUUAAAUACCUUUUUCCUCUCUCCCAGUA